AUGCAACUGUUCAUGCAGCCUGCACAUGAUUCGCCCAAAGAAAGAGGGGGUUCUAAUCCACUCAAGACAUCUGAAGAGAAUAGAAUCGAUGUCCAAAGCUUCAUCGACAGUAAUCGGUGUAAGAAUAAGAAAGCAAGGGACGAGGAGCAUAUAAGUAAGGCAAAUGUAAAAGACUUAGAUCAAGCUAGGGGAAGCGCUUUCAGGCUCAGCGGUGAUUUUGAUUCCCUUCCACUACUUAUUGAUGAGAAGAAGCCCGACUCACAUAGAAAGGGAUCCACCAUGGACGAGAAGAAAUGCGAGAAAGAAAGGGAAAAGAAAG